UUUUGCAUUGAUGUACAGCCCCGAGCACUAGGCUUUGUUCUCAACUCUCAACUGUCUCGAACACUAGACGCUGUUCUCAAACAGCUCAGAACACUAGGCCUCCUACACAAGAUCAGUAGACAGCGUUCCCAACAGUUGGACUAGUGGACGGUACAGUGUUCGUGGCAGUUGGACCAGUAGGCGGUACAGUGUUCCUAACAUUUGGACCAGUUGACAGUGUUUGGCAUACAUAUUGGACCAGUAGACGGUACAGUGUUCGUGGUAGUUGGACCAGUAGACGGCACAGUGUUUCCAACCAUUGGACCAGUUGACAGUGUUUGGCAUACAUAUUGGACCAGUAGACGGUACAGUGUUCGUGGUAGUUGGACCAGUAGACGGUACAGUGUUCGUGGUAGUUGGACCAGUAGACGGUACAGUGUUCGUGGUAGUUGGAACAGUAGACGGUACAGUUGGACUAAUAGACCGUGCCUGACAUACAUAUUGGAAAGCUGUACUCUUAGACAGUUACGUUUACUGAGGCUGACGUAAGCUUGGGUUUGGUAACAGUACAUCAUGCCGCCAUCUUCUCAGUUUGUUUGUUCGACACGUGCAAGACGCUCAUUAUCAAAACCUCUGAAGACGAUGGUGGUCGGUGCAAUUGUACUCAGCUGCAUCUAUUAUGUCAUCAUCGGAGGCGAUGGAAGCAAACGAAAAGAGCCGAUGUUUCGCGAAAUAGAUGUUGCUAGAGAUCUGCCGUUCGAUGUUAACAAAGACGUGUUUGCACCGUUGAAUAUUCCAAAAACUGGAACACAGGUUUUAGUUUAUUAUAUCACUCACAAUUCUGAUAUCAAGCCUCGUUGUAGAUUCUUCAAGGCUAAGGGCUUCAUGUGUGUCUCGGCUACUAAUUCAACAUGGCUACUUGGCGAGUCAAAGAAGGGGUCAAAUUGCGGCUCUAACUCGGACUGGACGGAGCUCACGGAGUGUAUCGAGGCGAGAUUUGGCGAGAACGAGGGAAAGACAGCGCCAUCAUCGUACCGUUACAUAACUCUUCUACGAGAUCCUGUUCAAAGGUUCAUAAGUGAAUUUCUACGAACAAAGAAGAUUGUCAAGAUCGCCGAUGUGAACAGUUGUCAUGGAAGGCUUCCCUCGCAACUGGAGCUUCCGGACUGCUUCGAUGGAGCAAGCAAUCUGACACUGGAUUGGUUUCUGGCAUGUCGUUCAAACCUUGCCAUAAACCGUCAAACAAGAAUGUUGGCAGACUUGCGGCUUGUUAAUUGCUACAACAAGACGGGAAUGACCGAACAGGAACGAGACAGAAGAUUGUUAGAAAGUGCAAAAGAAAAUCUGUUAAAAAUGUCAUUUUUUGGUUUAACAGAUUAUCAACACUUAAGUCAGGUUGUGUUUGAGGAAACGUUCCAUGUUAAAUUUCUUUUAGAUUUUGAGGAGUUUAAUGUAACGCAUGCGAGCAAAGCAGUUAUCUCUCCUAGCGACCUUGAACGGAUUGCCAAGGUUAAUCAUAACGAUGUUGAAUUAUAUAACUUUGCUAAGUCACUGUUGAUAGAACGAGCAAUAUAUAUGAAUCUUCAGUAAAGAAAAGUAACGUGUUUUCCCUA